AUGAGCACUGUCCAAACAACACCCACACCGCGCACAUGGCGACACCAAGACGACACAGGCGACUACGUCAUCUCAACAUCAACGCAACUCCUGGACCGCGAGUUCAUCACAGCCUCCUUCGCAACAGAAGACAUGUAUUGGGCGAAGCCGCUUGGUUCUGAACAACUGGAGCUGACGUUGAGCCAAUCCCUAACCUUUGGCCUGUACAAGUCAACGCCGCUGUCUUCGAGCAAGCGUGACGAUUCGCCUUCGUCGCCGAGGACACCUUCCCCAACACUAGAGGCCGAGAAAGACGAGGAUCUGGAGCAGAUAGGGCUGGCUCGCUUCGUCACGGAUCAUGUCACGUUUGUGUACAUCUCAGACGUGUACAUCGUGAGGGAUCAUCGGGGAAAAGGACUUGGACGAUUUCUCAUGUCUUGUUUCAGGGAUGUCCUCAAAGGCAUGCCCAUGCUGAGGAGGGUGAUUUUACUUUCGGGCUCGAAAGUCACGCAGGGCUUCUACGCUCGGGAAUUGGGCAUGUGGGAUACACGUGAGGAAGAGAAUCUCGCGAGUAUGACCAGAACAGUAUACGAGGAUUGA